AUGUCGACUGACACCAAAGCUGCUCUCCCAUUACGCUUUGCUGUAGUUGGAGCCGGGAUCGCAGGUUUGGCGGUGGCCUACCGUCUACGGAAAUCGGGCUAUAAGGUAUGUGUCCUCGAGAAACGGGAAGGACCUGCGGGGGGAGAAAAUUGCGUGUGCUCCCCGCCUAAUAUGACCAGGAUACUAUAUCGCUGGGGGCUGCGGCCCCAGCUUGAGGAGGUGGCGCUUAAGCGCAAUGGGAUUACCUUCAGACAGCGCGACACCGGACAACCUUUCGCAGACUUUGUGUAUUAUGAUUGGAUCGUGAAAGAUUUGGGAGCCGACUUCCUGUUUAUGAGACAUGGCGAUCUCUACCGAAUCCUAUACGCCCUGGCUGUGGAGGCAGGCGUCGAGAUACGCUUCGGUGCUGAAGUAGUUGAGGUGGACCCGUGGGCGCCGGCGGUCACUACGUCUACCGGUGAGGUACUGCAAGCGGAUGUUGUGCUCGGCGCAGACGGGCUGGGAAGCGUGGUUCGUAAAUGUGUGGCGAAAGGCCAGACGUGUUCUGAGCAGGAAGAAGAGAUCGGCCCGGUGGCCAUUGGAGCGUACACGAUGUCAGAGGAUGAUGAACUCCGCGACCUGCUGACAACACCCGUGGCCAAUCUUUGGAUGGGGAAAACAUACGCGCUGUGGGGUUGCCCCUUGCCCGGAUACGGCGGAUACUCCCUGAAAAUCGCUACGCCUCCCGAUGGCCACAACAUCAGCGAAGAAUAUGACCAACCUCGCAGCUCAGAGGAGUUUCGGUUGGAUCUGAGCUUGUUCGAACCGAGACUACAGAAACUGUUACGGCGUACGCAAACCUGGUAUCCUUCAAUGUGGAAGAUUCGCCAACCUCUCAUAUCGCUUGUGCACGAGAGCAAAAAGGUAGCCCUUCUAGGCGAGGCUGCGCAUACGAUACCGCCGAAUAUGACGCAAAACACUGCUCUGGCCAUCGAGGAUGCGGCAGCAUUGUCAAGUCUGUUUUCCCGAAUACGUGAGCAUAAUGAGAUCGGGCGAUUCGUGUCUGCCUACCACGAAGUCCGCUACCGUCCGGCAUACGACGUUGUCCAUUCAGAGGUGGGCAACAUGGGGCUGAUCAGUGGGAUGGAACACCCGUACGGCGAACAGCCCGCGCAGACGGACGCCGCCCUCCGAAGUCCUACUGUGGUCGGCAUCAAGGACGUUAUACCAAGCGCCGAGUUCGCUUAUGGGUGGGAUGGGAUGAUCAAGCUGUUCAACCACGAUGCCGAGGACGAUGCCGAGGAGUGGUGGCAUACGUGGGGGAGUCUCAUGAAUAUGCAUGCCGAGGAUUCAGCAGGAAAGGUGCGCGACGCGGGGACGGCAGACUCAGACGACAAAGCUGGAGGUCGAGCGGGAUCGGAUUCACAGCUGUCUUUGACAAUAUAA